AUGUCCCAGUACAACCACAUGCCCCCUCCAGGACCUUACGUCCCUCCUAACCAGAGCGCCCCGGCGCAGCAGCAUGCCUCUCAAGCACCCACGUCCCACCAGUACAACACGGGGAGUUAUGGAUGCUCAAAUCAGGCUCAGAAGGGGGUUGGAGGUUUUGGACAAAUGAUGAACCAGCGAUUGGAGCAGGCGGUGACAACUGGGAAACCAAUGUUGAACAAGCUGGGCAAUGCUAUCAGCUCAAAACUCGGAAACAAGCCUACGCCAGGCCCGCCUCAGCAUCUGCAAAACUAUCAGAACUAUCAGAAUCAAUACGGACAACACAACCAAGCACAAACGUAUCAGCAACCUCAUGGCCAGAGUCUCAGCCCUCCACCACCGCCGCAGCAGAACUGGGGCCAUCCCCCUCCACCUCGCCCGUCGAAUGCCUCUCCAGCUGCCCAGCAUUCCCCGUACCAGCAACCGACCCACCAUACGCCGACUUCAGGACCCCCGGGGCAAAUCAACUAUUUCCCGCAGCAGACGAACCAAGCGCCUGCCACGCAAGCAUACACGCAUCAGUCGCCGCCCACUACGCUCGGAUACAAUCCGUCGCAGUACAGUCAAGGCGGGAGCCCGGGUGGGCAGAUGCAAACACAAGGACAACUCGGACAGGGGCAGGAUAUGCAGGGUCACCUUUCAGCAUCGUUCCAAACACAUAAUCAAGUCCAAAGUCACCACACUGGGCAACAGAUGGGUGUAGUCGGAGGAUCACAGGGCGUCCAGAACACGUCUUCUCCCCAUACUUCAAGUGUGUCACCAGUAGUACCCGCGCAGCAAUGGGGGCAUCUAAGUACUGAGCACACGUCUGGAGUUGUCAGUCAGUCACAGGCUGAUGUGCCAACAAAACCCUUGCAGCCAUACUCUCCUACUCCAACCCCGAACCCCUUGGAACAAAAAGAGCAAAAGCAGCAGCAGCUCUGGAACCUUUGGAACAGUGCGACUCCUGUCAACACUCUGCCCCAGGGACAGUUGCAGACGUUACCAGGCACGGCCAAUUCGUCAAACACACACGAUUCGAAUUCUGCACCCCAGAUACCGUCGAACAAGCCUGUGCACUCAAGUCUGCAACCAGUUUCUCCAUUACAAGACAAUGGCGCACAUUCUGGCCCAACCGAAUUCAUUGCUGAGCUGCCUGGCGAUAUGGGAAGCCUGACUCUGCUGGAAGCAAAGCCCCAGACAUGUGGGCUAGGCAUUACAGGCUCACAAUACCAGGCCUAUCGUCCUUCAGGGUCGCAGACGGGGUCACCCUCGCCUGGACCCAACGCAGCCCACCAGACAUCAAAUGGCAGUAACAAGCCACUGGCGGACCCGUGGAGAUUUACAAACAUAGCGACUGAAACUCCGACACGGGAAUUUUAUAUUCUUGCAGACUUGCUUUUUGAUGCACUGGACCGGAAGUUUGAACCUAGGCACACGGGCCUGUUGGAAGCGCCAAAGAUGCUUGGGGGCUGGGUCAGGUUGACGCAAGAUGCACGUGAUCUCUUCUCGUACAAGUCUUACAGCGCUUUUGCCAAGUUAUGGAGUCUCGAAGGCAUCCCGCACAUGAUGGUACCUUGCGAGGCUGCUUUAGCGCCAAAUUGGAACUUUGACCAGGAUAUGCAUGCGCGCGAUAUGCAAGUAUGCCAGAACCCGCCGACAUCAUAUUCACGAUAUCCAACGUACAUGCCAGCGCUGAACCGGGCAGGUUGGUACAAGUUCUUCUUUCUCGAGAUGAUGCACGCACCGGACGAUAUUGAAGCCUUGGUACCGGCACUUUGCGCCGACACUUACAAGCCGGGAGUGCUCCAGCACCCUGAUCUCAACAAGCGCGACAGAACAGACAUGGGCGGACUACAAGCUAGAGCUGCCGCGGUGAAGACAUUUGCGAUGCAGCGGGUGUGCGAAGAGACGAAGGCGGCCAUGGCAGAAGAUCCGGAUGUUUCCCCCGGGCACAGGCACGCAGGCAUGGGUUCAUGA